UCUAGGUAUCCCGUGCGCUCUCGGCCUGUAUUCAUUGAACGGCGUAGUGGAGCGGCGGCAUCGUUUCCCGAGGCGCCGCGUUUUCCCUUUCCACGGCGGGUCUCGUUUCGCACGGUCGCGCUCCUCCGACGUAAGUCGACACCGCCGAGUCCCGAUCUCCGCACGCGCGCGCACACCUCGCCAUCCCGAGUGCAGAAAACCCUUCCGCCUUUCACGGAGAGACCGGAUCACGUAGCCAUGGGCGUGGAUGUCGAAGUCUUGUGUCCCGGAGAUGGUCAGACCUAUCCAAAGACCGGGCAGACAGUGGUCGUGCACUAUACAGGUACCCUCGCCAACGGGAAGAAAUUCGAUUCCAGCAGGGACCGCGGCAUACCGUUCAAGUUCAAAAUCGGCAAGGGCGAGGUGAUUAAAGGCUGGGACCAAGGAGUCGCACAAAUGUGCGUCGGGCAGCGAGCCAAACUUACCUGUUCUCCAGACUUCGCUUACGGCAGCCGAGGCCACCCUGGAAUUAUCCCACCAAAUGCCGUUCUCAUCUUCGAUGUGGAGCUGCUGAAGGUGGAGCCUUGAAAUACCUCUUAAAGUGUACCAAACUUGACCAAACGCAUUUCAAUACGAGAAAGAGAAAAAGGAAAAAAAAAGAAACUCAUCAAAUUAUGUUAAGUAGUCGUCGCACGAAUGGCACAUCCUACUCUAAUGCCUUAAUUCAAUCGCUCGUACAUUAAAAGCUAUAUUUGCGAAUGUUCUUCGCGAAGGUAAUAUACGAGGUGUUGAGAACGUUGUCUCCGCGACCUCGCGCGGGCACAAUGUAACAAUUUAUACAAUGUAUAAAUUGCCGAUCAAUAUUCGAACAUUGUCGCAUAGUUGUUAGAACUGUAAGGUCCGUGUAUUAAUAUGUAGUUCGAUUACCUGCUCUCCAAGAGAUGCUACUUAAUUUGUGUACUUGAUUUGUGACCGACUAACCGUGUUCCUAUGAUGAGCGGUUGAAUAAAGGGACCCUCCAGAUAUUUGCGAAAUAUAUCUCGACCUGUGUUCAUUCCAUUUACACACGUAUUUGGCGAUCCUUCGAGUAUUUUAUACAAAGAUUCAAUAAAGGAAAGAACAAUUGGUAAUGUAACACUACAGGUUUUCAUAAAGUACAAUAAAAAAUUGCUCUGUUCCCUCAAGCAAAAA